GGGCUGGGUAUAUAAACGAAUGCACGCCUUCUCUAACCAUAACAAACCCAGGCUGCAGAGAAAGAAGUGAACGCACUUUCAUAUUACGUACCGAAAAAUUGUAAAGCGACAUGGACGGGAGACAUUUCCACAAGAUCGGGGGCGGAAACGAGCCUCACUAUGCCCCACAUCUGAACACUGUUCCGAUACCAAAGACAGUAGAUUAUAAUUGGCUAAAUCAACCAGCGAAGAAACCGAAAGUCAAUGUUGCGAAGGCGAAGUCUAUACAAAUCGGACGCCAAGGAAGCGUGGAUGAACCCAGUUCUCCGGUCGGUUCCCCAACUUUGUCCGUUGGUUCUGUAGGGUCGUCGGCCAUGCCAAACUCUCCUCCGAUAUCUACCUUCUCCUUCAGCAACUUCGCCUCCCAACCGACGCAACUAAAAUCCGAGAAACAAUUCUACCAUGCAUUUGACUUCAAAUCUUAAUCAUAAAGGACUUGAAUCUCGCCGGAAAACGGACUGGGCUUAUGUAUAUAUUUCACAAAAUUGUUGGGGUAAAUAUUUGUACUAUUGGGGAACAAUUUGCAACCAUGUAGUUCUUCCGGAAAUCUUGAAAAAGGCUACGGACAUUGGAAGUGGAAAUACCGACAAGUUCGUAAUCGAGGUAUACUGCUGUGUAUUCUAAGUCAGUCGUGUCGAUAAACAUUGAAAAUUAUUGUAAAUUUACCAUCAUUAUCUUUGUUCCGAUGGGUAAAAUUUAAGGGCAGAUAGUAGUGUCAGCACUAGUUUUUUUUUUUUUUGUUUAUCUAGUCUCUGUCACGUCUCUACAGAUUUAAUUUGCGAUAAUUUCCAUAAUUGACAAAUUUGUGAUAAGGUGUGUAAAUGUGAUGAACAAAAGAAACUCUUUGAACGUUAGUUUAAUUUGAACAAAUGUUUUCAUUUCGGGGGAAUACGGGAUUGUGUAUAUAUAGGGAGAAAUGUGAGGUUUUGAAAUUUUGCGUGUUUACAUUUGUUUUUUCAUUGAUUGCGUAUUCAUUCAUUAAAUCGUAUUUUUGUACAAAAUCAAA